AUGAGUUUGUAACUUGAAAUUUAAUAAAAUAAAAAAUUUAUCAGACUUAGAGAGAUUAAUUAUGUCUUAUUUUAAAAUGGAUGUAUUAUUUCUUGUCCAGUGCAUUCAUCUAAUUUUGUUGACUAUGUAGAUAUGAUACAAUGUAUUUUAUUAAUUACAUAUAUAGUUUCAAGAUAUUUAGCUAAAGGAUUUUAUGAUCUAAAUAUGACUACUGACGAUAUAAUAAAUUUCUAUGAUGAAACCAUUUCAACUGUGAACAAUUUCUUAACAGGAUAAAAAUUUUCAAUAUUUCAAACUAAAAUUUUUUUAGGAGGAUUAAUGGUAUGGAAUAAUGCAAUAUACAAAAAAUCAUGGUUCAUUUCAAAACCACACCAUGCUGUGACAUUAAGAUUUAACUUUUUACUAUACAACAUAAGGAGUAAGAUCUAAUGCUUAUCCAAUCACUUCGAGGUUAAUCAAUUAAUGAAAUUUUAAAAAUAUUUUUCCCUUUCUACUAUAGAAAAUAUCAUUGGUAUCUUAACUUGAUAUUGAGUUCUAAUGUACAGAUACUAUUGUAAAUCCAAUAGAUUAAUAUUGUGCGAUUUCAGAUUACUUUAUCGUUGUUGAUUAUGUAAAUCUUUAAAAAUAUUAUUAGUGUCUUCCAUUUUGUGCAAUUUGCAAUGAUGGUACUUCAUGUAAUACAGCGAAAAAAUAGAAUUAUAAUCUAGAUUUUUUUUGAAGAAAUCUGGAUAUAUAAGUUCAAAUUGUUCAUCAAAUUAAUUUUUAUAUUCUGAUCUUACCACAGAAAGUUAUAGUUGCAUAACAUGCAAUUAAAAUGAUUGUUUAACAUGUAAAAACUUAGAAGAAUGCACUUCUUGCGAUCUAUCCAGUCAAUAUAAUAUCUAAUAAAUGGUGUUUGCUUAUCAAUAAAUCUCCCAUUAAUGCUGAUCCAAUUCCUAAUCCGACGAUUAAGUGUAAUAUCUAUUGUGAAACAUGCACAGGAACUUUAAUUAAUUAAUUGCUUAACAUCUGUUUCAGAUUUUCAUCGAUCAUUAUAAAUAAUUAAUGCUAAUUUUAAUCUAGAUUCUAUGAUGAUGGAAUUUAUCUAUAUUGUCUUCCUUUUUAUGGUGAUUUGUUUAUAGUAGGAGGAGAAAAUUGUUACAAUGAUCAUAAUAAUCCAUUUGAUGGUAGUCACAAUUGUAAAUUAGGUUGUGAUAAAUUUUGCAAUUAGUGUUUCUAAGGAUUUUGUAUUGAUUGUUAAAGAGGUUUAUAAAUAAUGAAUAAUUAGUGCUUUGGAAAUAUAGUUUAAAUUAGAUUUGGUUAAUGA